CUAAUGUCAACUGUUAUUUUAGAGGGUAUGAAUGUGUUUUCGGGUCGUCAACUUCGGAGAAGAAGUGGGGUUAUCGUAUAUCCAGAAGAAGUGCUGCAAAACAAAGUAGUUGCCCUAUAUUUCUCGGCAAGUUGGUGUCCACCGUGUCAACAGUUUACACCAAUUCUAAAAGCUUUCUACGAUGAAUUACAUGCGAAUGGUUUGCCAUUUGAAGUCGUCUUCAUAUCUUCUGAUAAGACAGAGGAAGACUUGGACUCCAACAUGAAAGAAAGCCAUGGAGAUUGGCUAGCAGUGCCUUUUGGUAAUGAAAUUACCAGAGAACUAAAGCAACGUUACCAUAUCACACUAAUUCCAAAGUUGGUUAUAAUUGAUGAUGAAGGAGAAGUUGUUACUAUGAUGGGAAGAAGAGAAGUGACCGAAAUCGGACCAAAAUGUUUUAAUCAGUGGUCCCAUGUCGUUGGUGUAGCAAGAGGGGAGGUUGCAACUACCAAUACUAAAGGCACAUCAAAUGAUUUUUGACUGUUUCUAUGGCAACGAGGUUCAUGUAAAACAGCCAACAAUAUCAAUUAAUACACUCCAAAAUACAGCAAUAUGCAGACUUAAAUUAUUCUCUUUUUUGCUCAUAUUUUAAGUAUAUAUAGAAUAUAUCAGAAAUUAUAGGAUAUCAUCGCUAAUAUUUCAGAAAGUACUAGUGCUAGGCAACUCCAAAAGAAUGUCAGCAAUGAUAUCCCAUAGUUUCUGAUAUAUAUAUCGAUUAUAUACAGCAACAUGCAGAAAUUAUAAUCUUUUUGCUCAUAUUUCAAGUAUAUCUAAAAUAUAUCAGAAAUUAUGGGGUAUCAAAGUACUA